CAUAAACCUUGUACGAAUCUGCGGAAUGAGAGUUCUUAGUGUUCUUACGAUUUGCUUAGCAAUAUCAUUGCUGCCAGUUUCGAUGCUGGCUGACCCUCCACCACCACCACAUUAUGACUCGCUACGCACCAUGGCAGAGGCUGCAGUUGAGGAUUGCUAUGAGGAUGCGGAUCAGAGUGUUAAAGUAGAAAUAACCGAUGAGGGCUUCGAUGAGCUAUUAAGGGGUUCACGUGAUAAUUUAUUGCGUAAUACGAAAUGUUUGCGUUACUGUAUUAUGAGAAAAAAUGGAUUGAUCAAUGCUGGGAAUUCUAUUGAUGAAGAUAGAGUCGUAGAAAUUUUUGAAAUUAUCCAUCCUCAAAUUGAGAAGGAAAAGCUGAUAAAAGUUCUCCAAAAGUGCUCCGAUGAAACUGAAAAGCAAAUCGAUAAUUGCGAGCGUGCCUUUGCUGCGGCGACGUGCGUCCUUGGCGAGUUGAAGGGACAAGGUGUUACUGAUAUUUAAUUAAAUACUGCUAUGUUAAUACAAGUCUUGCAAAACCCUCGCACGGUAUACGGAUUGUACGUUUUGCAUAGGUAAACCGGUUCCACCGUGCAAUGCGUGCACCGUACAAGGCUUUUGCAAGACCUAGAGAAUACCCGAAAUUAAUAUAAACAUUUUAUAAGUAUCACUUCAUUAAAGUGUAAUUGAAUUUCUCUACAGUUUUAAAUUAAAUAAAUCAAAAAAUUAAUUUUUUAUUAUCUAAAAAUUGCAGCUUUAAUAAAUUGACUUUAUCAAAUAGAAUUUGUGUUUGCU